AUGGCGUUUUUGCAUUCCGUUCUCAAAGAUGUCCACGAUAAACAGCCUUACAAUGUUGGUAAAAAUAUAUUACGUGAUAAUGUUUUGAGUCAUUUUAAUGGUAAAUUAUGUUCAGGUCAUAAGGGUUUUCAGACUGUCAUUGACCGGGUGGCGCAGGGUGUGGGGGAGUAUAAUAGGGAAGUGGAGGAUUCAAAUAAGAAAGUCUCUGCUCCUAUAAUCAAGCUUCACAAAGAGAUGGAAGAGCUUAAAAAACAGGUUGAAGGUGCCAGUGACGAGCAAGCUGAGAAGGCAUUGAAAUCCGUGAGCAUUAUACUUAAGGAGUCGAAGCGUCAAGCUGAGAUAUUUGUAACGCACAUGAAUAGCGCACAUAGGCACAUAGCAGACCUUAAUACUAAAUGUAAUAUUAAUGUUAUUUACGCUAAAAAUAAUAUUUCACAUGAGUCGGCAGUUCUACACAGGUGUUCCGACAAGGCGUGGGAUGACUAUGUGACUACGUAUUCCACCAUCAGAAAUACGCUGAGAUGGCUUGAGAAGAAUGUAAAUGAACAGAUUGAAAAGCAAGUGACGGAUCUCGUUGAGACGCUAAAAUUCAAGGUAAAAAAUAUUAAAGUAAAACUUGAAGAAAUUGAAUACAAGCUGCGAGAUUAUCUUGUCGAGUUGAAUAAUUGGAUUACCGAGGCUAAGAAGUACAUUGAUAAUAUACGCAAAAGGCAUAUUGAUAAAAUUAUACAGAGGGAAGUUGGGCAGGACAAUUACGUGAAGAUUAAUUAUAUCGGCGAUGCUUUGAUAAAGGAGGCGAAGGAAAUCUACGAGGCGUUUAGAGCGGCUGAAACAUAUGUAGAGAAAUUAGUCGGUGACGCAUUGCAGGCCGUAAAAGAAAUGGACGCGGCGCUUAGAAAGGAUUUGAAGUUGGUUAAGGAUGGGAUAAAGGAGGACGUUCAGAAAUACGUCAAGAAUUUGAACAUUACCGAGUUGGAGGGGCAUGUUAAGAGUGGAUUGAAAACUUUGAAAACAAGUAUUGUAUCAGAUUUGCAGGGGUACGUUAAGGAUUAUGUCACCGCAGUAAAGGAUGAAGUAACGAAGAUCAUCAAUGGCAACGGAAAGCCGCAGGAUUGUGGUCUGAAAGGUAUUAAAGACAAAAUUGUGAAGGAUUACGCUGCUCAAUUUAGCAGCGAUGAGGGUUUUGGGGUGCAGUGCAGAAAUGGAUACAAAACAUUUUGGAUACUAAUGAGCUAUAACAGCAGGUUUAACAUUACGUUUAAUGAAAAAUACUUUGAGGGCUCCACAAGGGAUAGUCGACGCGAUCGAAUUGAAGGUAGUGAAGGAAGGGAUCGGCAUAAAACUACCAAAAGCACACUUAAUGAAAUUGUCCAAAUAAUUUUACAUUCGAUCCAGUCAACCGCUACCAAAGUAGCCGAACAAUUCAAAUCGUUCACUGAGAGGAAUGUUUCCAGCAGUGUCACCUACAAGCUCGGUGAGAAUCUCGACGCUGCGUUAAAGGUAGUUGAACCGCUUGAGGAUAAGCUUGGCCAGGCGGUUGUUGCUGGAAAUGGUCCCGUCGAUCCCAGCGCUGCAUACACUUCCGGCAAGGCAAUUGACCUUGCCGGAAAAACUGAUGAAAAAAUUGCGGCAGGGGUGGAGAAGCAUAUUGCUGAGACAGGAGGCAGUGUAAAGCUGGACGCUAAACAGCCUCUUAUGCAGCAAUUCAAGACGAAGUACGACGUGCUUUAUGGUAAGCUCGAAAAUGGUCAAGUUGAUCGUACCUUUGGUAUUAGACUUGGUCAGCAAAUCGGUAAGGAUGAACAGUCAAGUGCGCCAGGUGGUGGGCCAGGUGCAGACGCUAAAGUCACACUCGACAGUAAAAAAUUCAGCAAAUACCUUCUUAGCGUAGACACCUCUUGCCUAGGUACAGACAAAUCAGAUCUGUCCGGCACCGACCCCAAAGAAGGUAAACUUCCACUGGCGAUUGGGGCGAUCAGGGAUGAGGGUCUGGACUAUCUCCGAAAUACACUGGAUGAUAAAAUAAAGGGGCACGAUGGUGUGUUGUAUAGGUUUUCCAAGGUUAUCACCAAAAACCUCAACGAUCUCCAAACGGCGAUAGCAGGCUUUGCCGAUGGAAUCAAAUGGAAAUUAGAAGCACUCGAGAACGAAAACAUAGAUACUAAACUCGCCAAAAUCAGAGAUACGCUGAACAACCUUCGAAACGAUAAUUUGGGAGAAGUCAUCACUGCUGCCGAAUGUUAUAUCGACAGCGAAGCCGACGAGUUACGUCACUCAACCAUCUGCUCACUCCAAGACUUUCUACACCAACAAGUCAAAAUUGCUCAAACCACCCUCACCACCCGCGCCCGCCGCAACUACGUCACCUCCGUCAAGGCGAUGCUCCAGGCCUUCGCGCAAAAGGUCACGCAGGAGCUGAGCCCUUUGCCCGCCGCGAUCGAGGAGGACCUGCGCAUAGGAUUCAAGGGGUUUAUGAAGACGCUCGAUAACUCCCUUGAGAAAACUCUUAAAGGUCAAGGAGAAGCAACAAGACUCCAAGACUUUGCCUACAGCUUCUUGACAUUCAUGGGUCCUGUAAAGGACUACGUUAAUGGAGAAAUAGUGAAGGUUCACAGGGAUGAGAAUGACAAGAAGAAUCCUAAGCCAUCAGGGGAGGAAGAUCUGUACACCACUAAGCUUCGAAUUAUUUUUGACGCACUUCAAAGCUUGCUUAAUCAUAUCAGCACCGAGAAAAGGUACGACUGUGCGUUCCCUAUGCUCGUUGAUAGUCUCUCUGGUGCUAUUUCUAAGCUGAAACCAGCAUCCUUCGAGCUGUCCAAUACGCCGAUACUGGAUGGUCUUGGUAAGGGGCUGAAUAAAUUUGUUGACCAGAUGAGGAAGGCGUACAUAAACGUAUACGAGGGACAUCCUCAUCCAAUUGACUUCAAUAAUUUGUUGAAGGACAAAGAAGAUGAGCCCGCAAAAAUACCUGCAGAAAAGUCUCCGGUUGCAAAACCCAAGGAACAAGUCUUGACCCCGGACGGCAGAAAUUUGUCUAAGGUUUGCUUGACGACAAUUCAUCUGCUUUUUAAUGACCUGCAUAAGCUGUUUUACAACUGCGCCAAGAAAUAUAGAGACCUUGCAGUUGACGGUAGUGCAAUAACCGAUGCUGAAAAGAAUAAAUUACAAAAACAUUUGGAACGUCAUGGCUUCAAGAUCGACAACCUUAUAACAAAUACGACCGGUCAUAAUGUUGCCGUCAAAUUAGGCAACGGCUUCAGUAAGCACGGAGAAUUCAAUGCAUCGCCAAGUGCCAACCACAUUAAUUUCAAUAUUUAUCUCAAAUCCGUUCAUGCCUCCAUGAAAUCUAAUAACGUUCUUCGCAAACUUUAUGAUUACCUGGAAAGGUAUUUCUAUGCUUGCCACCUCUCCACUUUCUCUGCAACUAGAUACCCUUGCAGUGUCUUUGAGAUGCUGGCAUGGUGUUCCGGCCUUACGUACAACGUGUUUUAUCAGAAAACUAUGGUCCAGUGUAACGCUAUGAUUAAAGACGAAAAGGAUGACUUACUUAGAAAUAUGUUAUACGACGUGGUUGCAGUACACCUGCCCGCAAUAUCUACGCCUGCCUAUGAUUUGUUGGUUGGAAUCGCCGGCCACGGCGACGCUGCAACCUACUAUGGUUGUGACUAUUUUGCCAAUAAGCUGGGCUUACAUUACCCAUCGAACGCCAACAGUUGCUUCGACAUGCUUCUUGAUGUACUUCGUAGAAUAUACUCCGUUUCUAAAUUUCUACUUAAUCGAUGUCGUCUAUAUAAAUCGUCGUUUGGCUGGGCAGACUGCGACUUUGGAACGGGUGUUCAGACAUCCGGCUGGCAGUGCAGUCCAGAGGGUGACAAAUUGUCAUCGACUGCCGACUGUUCUGUCGGUUCGCCGCUGCACUCAUACCUGACUGAUAGUCAGAGAGGCUUAUUGCCUCACGCUCUCAUAUCCUUUAAAGGCAAACUUGUAUGUUCCACGUGCAGUAAGAGCGCAGGUAACAUGCCAUGUUUGACGCCGCUUGGCUUCAGAAGUUUCUCGGGAAGCAAAAGGACAGGCAAAGACCUAUGUAACGUGCUGGGCAAAUUGUGCGGUAGAGAAGGAUGUAUGUCCAACCUUUAUUCAUGCAUUUCAUGCCUGGUUGGCCUUACGCCUAAGACGUUGACUGAUGUACUUUCGUUCUACUGCCAAUUCGCACAGUCAUGGGACCUGAUGCCGUUAGAUACCAAACCAAAGCAUCCCAUUCAGUGCGCUCUCUACGAGCAAAUAACAGCUACGGUGGCAUGUGAUGCUGCAGAUGCACGUAAGCUGCUUAACCCCUGCCGUGUUUUUUAUGAGAAUGCAACUCAUGUUUCCCACAACAUUGAUAGCCCCGAUAUCAAAUAUCUUGUUGGAUGCAAUCAGAAAGGUUGCGGUAGUUUUAUUAAACCCCUUAAUAGUACUGCAUAUUACACCUUUGCUGCCAAAAAUGCCGGCAAAUAUCUGACGUGGUUGUUAUAUGUGUGCCCUAGGCUUCAAACAUUCCUCGAGCAGCUGAAAGAAUCAUUCAGUAAUAUUUCCUGUUCUGACUCAGGUUGUAGGGGAUGUCACCAUGAAGGAAAAUGCAAAUCUGGCAAACAUGGCACUGAGUCAUGUGAUUGUGCAUCAAUAGCUCAUUGUCGUGGCGUAUUGCCCGUAUUAUAUGAACAUGGGCUUGUGUAUUCGGAGGACGGCUACACAAGUACAAAAACGUGCAGCACAUUCUACAAGGCAAUUGAUGGCAUAUUGAAUUCGAAAUUGCUGGGGGACUUCCUCGAGGCAAUCGAUAAUUUCUUUUUAGCAGUAAGAAAGAAUUUCAUCUGGACACUGCUAGCCCUCUGGUCGCUCUCGCUCCUGUACCUGCUGCACAUCGCCGUCGUCCGCCUCGACGUCCUGAGGAUACGCUCCCACCUGCGAUCGCCCUCAAGCCACCGCAUCGCCGCACAGUCGCUGCUCGCCGCCGCACGCGUCAAGGCACUCGCCAACGUCAAGUACUUCUCACCAUAA